AGGAUUUAACGAUAGAGACAUGAUUAAUGUCAUCCAGAAAAACCACUCAAGUGCUAUUCCACUACACAACUAGUGCAUAUAUUAGUUAGAAGAUCCCCACUCAAAUAUUUCUCACUCUCUAUCUUUAAACCCCACUCAACUCUCAGGUUGUCUAUAAAUUGGACAUGUACAAAGCUUUUAGAUGAAGAGAUGGAGUCCUCUAAGUCUAAUGGAUUUGAUGGAGCUAGAGAUGUCUCUCUUCAGGACCUUAGCAAGAGGCUUGCUGAGUUUGCUGAAGUGAGAGGAUGGGAUCAAUAUCACAGCCCAAGAAACCUUCUUUUAGCUCUUGUUGGGGAAGUGGGAGAGUUAUCUGAGAUCUUUCAGUGGAAAGGAGAAGUUGCAAGGGGAUUACCGAAUUGGAGUUGUGAUGAUAAGGAGCACUUAGAGGAAGAGCUUUCAGAUGUUUUGCUGUAUCUAGUUCGUCUUGCUGAUGUUUGUGGUUUAGAUCUUGGACAAGCAGCUCUUGCAAAAAUAGUGAAAAAUGCUCAGAAAUACCCUGUUACUGAUCAUCAUCACACAGCCACUUCCAACUUCAACUAGCUAGCUGCUAAUUUCCCCUGCUUUUUUCUUCACCUACCUGCAGUGUGCUACUUAUUGCAAUAGAAAUUUGCAUCUAUCUGUGUCUUUGCUUCUUGUUUUUAGUCUUGGAACUGAGUCCACUACUCCACUUUAAUUAAUCUCGGAAGUGUAAGAGCAAACCCUUUUAAAGAAGCCAUAAGUAUUUGAUAAUUUCGGUUA